CACCGCCCCGCCCGCCCCCGGCUCCAUCCACCGCGGCACCGUGCACACCAUCCGCCCCUUCGGCAUCUUCCUGGCGCUACCCGGCUACCGGCGCCACGUGCUGGUGCACAACUCGCAGGUCAGCGAUGAGCUGCGGUUCAACCGGGAGGAUGACGAGGACGCCAAAGUGAAGGCGCUGGAGUUCUACUUCCCCAGGGGCGAGCAGGUAUGGGUGAAGAUUACGGAGGUUGCUCCCGACGACCGCAACCCCGCGGAGAUGCGAGUCAACGGCUCCAUUCGCGCCGUUGACCAGACCUCCGGAACCGAUCUGGACCCGGACGGCCUGAUGGCUGGGGCCCACGGACAGGAGCACCCCGCGGGGGGUGCGGGCGGGCCCGGGGGCAGGGGCCGAGGCGGCCCCGAAACCGACGAGCCUCCCGAAGUGGGUUCCGUACAUCGAGGCGUGGUGAAGCGGAUCGAGGCGUACGGCGUGUUUGUGGCGCUCGAGGGGUACCGGCGUCACGGCCUGGUGCAUACCAGCCAGGUGAGCAACUACCUGAACUUCACUCGGGAGGACUCGGACGAGCAAAAGAAGGCGGAGCUGGGCGGGGUGGUGACGGUGGGCGAGCAGAUCUGGGUCAAGGUGGUUGAGGUGGCUCCUGACGAGGCUCGCGGCGGCUUCAAGAUCGGCUGCUCCAUCAAGCUGGUCAACCAGACCAGCGGGGAGGACCUGGACCCAGCCAACACCAGGUAUCGGCCACGGGGCGAUGGCGCGGGAGGACGUCCGGGAGGUCCCGGAGCUAUUGGGGCGAGUGCGGGAGAAGUUGGGAGAGGUGGUAAGAUCGACUGGGGCCACCUGGCAGCGGAUAACAAGCUGUACGUCAAUGAGAAGGCGGCGUCGCAGUAUAAGCUGCUGGAAGACGAACCGCCGCAACGGCCGCUGCCGCCGCCGCCGCCGCAACUGGCUGGCGGGCCGAUGUCUGGCAGCGGAGGCGGCCCAGCAGCAGGGUCCUGGGGAGGCCCCUCCCGGCCCGGCCCACCAGCCCCCGUCGGCGGACCCAUGGGUCGCGGCCGCGGCAUGGUGCUGCCAGCCUGGAUGACCCAAGGGUCGGCUGGCGGCGGCGGUGGCGGCCCGCCCGCACCCGGCUCCCUUCCCGGACCUCCACCGGGGCCCCCACAACCGCAGCAACAACCACAGCAGCAGCAACAACAGCUCCCGGGACCCAACCAGCUGCCGGCCUCUUCCAAGUUCGAACUGAUUGGGGGCCGGGACCGGGAUGUAGACCCCGGCUCGUUGCUGCUUGACUUUGUUGGCGGAGGAAGCGGUGGCGGCGGCGGGCCGCGGAUUAGCAGCAUAGAGGAGGCUCUCGCAAUCCUAGAGGCGCAUGGAGGCAGCAAGGGCAAAGGCUCUAAGAAGGAGAAGAAGGACAAGAAGAAAAAGGACAAGGACCGGAGGAGCAAGAAGGAGAAGAAGAGCAGUGGCAAGAAGAGCAAGAAGGGAGGGAGCGAGCGGCGACAUCGGAGCAGCAGUAGCAGCAGCAGUGGGAGUGAGAGCGAUAGCGGGUCGGAAGGGGGGGGCCGCCGCCGAUAGAGCUGGGUUGGAUGGGGGCCUCGAGACCUUACUAAUGGAGGUUCCGGAAAUGCGUUGGCUGUUGUACUUGCUACGUUGUAAGCAGGGGCGGGUGCUUGAAUGCACGUUGGCUGUCGCUGCCGACGGCAUUCAAAUUUAGGCUGUAAACUGGCGGUCGGCUUGCCUUGAAUUCAGCCAUCUUACCUCGUACACCGAUUUGGUAUCGGUUCCAACGUUAACGGUUGUAGUACUUUGGAUCUCGAUUGCUCCGAGAGAGCGUCGGUGCGUGUCGAACGGCGCACGGCCUUGGAUCGGCCGCUUCGACAGUCCUUGCGGAAAAGUGUGUAAAGCAAAAACGUGAC